AUGGCGUCUGUAGAAGAAGUGUUUGAACUCGUGUCUUCAAAGUUCGGUAUUCCUGACCUAAAUGUGCAUCAGAAGUCGGCUAUCAAAACUAUAGUCGRAGAGAAAAAAGAUCUUUUUGUCAAUAUUCCAACAGGGUUUGGCAAAUCUCUAAUUUACCAAGCUCUGCCUCUCGUAUUUGACUACAAUWAUACACAAGAUUCUGGUCACAUCGUGGUUGUUGUGUCUCCUUUAAUAAGUCUAAUUGACGACCAAGUYUCARAGUUACGUAGUUUAGGAGUUAGUGCUGUGAACAUAAGCUCAAUGCCUUUGGACGAGAAGCUGAACUUUCUUCAUCUUUCUCAUGUACCAGACGUUUUGCUCUAA